AUGGAAAAAUGGAAUAGGACAACUGGAAGUGACUUUGUUCUCCUAGGACUGUUUCAUCACAUUCAAGCCCCCAAGGUUCUCUUCACUUUCAUCUGCCUCAUUUUCCUUGUGACACUUACUGGCAAUGUUAUGAUGAUGAUCCUCAUUUGGUUGGACUCUCGUCUUCAUACGCCUAUGUAUUUCCUUCUCAGUCAACUUUCCUUAAUGGACCUCUUGUAUAGCUCUACUUUUGUUCCCAAGAUAACCAUUGACUUUUUGUCUGGAAGAAACACCAUUUCUUACAUUAACUGUGGCAUUCAGUUGUUUCUGUUUAUGACUCUCGUGGGGACAGAAUGCCUUCUGUUGGCAGUCAUGGCUUAUGACCGCUAUGUGGCCAUAUGCCACCCCCUUCAUUACUCAGUCCUCAUGCGCCCUGCCAUCUGUGCUUUCAUGGUGACAGGCACCUGGCUGGGUGCCUUGAUCAAUGCAUUGAUCCAUGUUGUGUAUACCCUGAAUCUUCCUUACUGUGGCUCCAGGGAAAUCCACCAUUUCUUUUGUGAAAUCCCAGCUCUGUUGAAGCUUGUUUGUGCUGACACAUCCCUUUAUGAAAAUGGUCUUUAUGUCAGUGGGGUUGUGUUUCUUCUCAUCCCAAUAUCUGCCAUCCUGGGAUCCUAUGGGAAGAUCCUCUCCACUGUUUUGGGAUUAGGCUCCAAUUUAGGGAUGAAAAAGGCUUUGGCGACCUGUUCUUCCCAUAUGAUUGUGGUGUCUCUCUUCUAUGGAACAGCCAUUUUCAAGUAUUUUCUUCCCAAGGCCUAUCACACCGCUGAGCAGGAUGAAGUGAUCUCUGUCUUCUAUACUAUCCUCACACCCAUGCUCAACCCCCUCAUCUACAGUCUUCGAAACAAAGAUGUAGCUGGAGCCUUCAGGAAAGUUCUGGGAAGAUGA